AUGGAAAUGAUAGGGGAGGCUGAACUGAAGAGGGUCAAGGAAGGGGAGAUUAUUCAAUUGCAGAGAAAAGGAUUUUUCCGAUGUGACGUACCGUACGCUGAAGUUAGUGCUUACUCGUCCCGUGAGCAGCCGAUAAUUCUGUUUCAUAUUCCCGACGGACAUGCUACAUCAACUGCACCUCCCGUCCUUCAAGAUUCAAAAACUGGCGCUAAAGAAUCCAAGAGAGAAACUAAAGUCGAUGCAUCGGCCGAUAAUUUAAACGAACAGAUAAUUGCUCAAGGAAACAAAGUGAGAGAUUUGAAAGCUGCAAAAGCUGAUAAAGCAACUGUCGAUGCAGAAGUAAAGUCGCUUUUAAGCCUCAAAGCAGAAUAUAAAGCUGCAGCGGGUAAAGAUUGGAAGCCAAACUCGACAUCCGAAGUGAAACAAGAAACUAAAGUCGAUGCAUCGGCCGAUAAUUUAAACGAACAGAUAAUUGCUCAAGGAAACAAAGUGAGAGAUUUGAAAGCUGCAAAAGCUGAUAAAGCAACUGUCGAUGCAGAAGUAAAGUCGCUUUUAAGCCUCAAAGCAGAAUAUAAAGCUGCAGCGGGUAAAGAUUGGAAGCCAAACUCGACAUCCGAAGUGAAACAAGAAACUAAAGUCGAUGCAUCGGCCGAUAAUUUAAACGAACAGAUAAUUGCUCAAGGAAACAAAGUGAGAGAUUUGAAAGCUGCAAAAGCUGAUAAAGCAACUGUCGAUGCAGAAGUAAAGUCGCUUUUAAGCCUCAAAGCAGAAUAUAAAGCUGCAGCGGGUAAAGAUUGGAAGCCAAACUCGACAUCCGAAGUGAAAAAUCCAAUUAUGUUAGUUAAAGAUGUCGAAUCGAUUGCUAGUUUAAACGACGCGAUCGUUGCUCAGGGUAACAGAGUAAGAGAAUUGAAAACUGCUAAAGCAGAUAAGGCGUCGAUCGAUUGUGAAGUUAAAGAUCUUUUGAGUCUUAAAGCAAAAUACAAGUCCAUUACGGGACAAGAUUGGAAACCAAACGGUGCUCCGCAACAUCAGAAAACAGUAAAUCCAAUAAGUCUGUCUGAGGACGAUCCAGUUGGAAUAAUAAAUGAAAAAAUUAUUGCUCAAGGUAAUAAAGUUAGAGAUUUGAAGAGUGCUAAAGCAAAUAAAGCUGCGAUCGAUGCAGAAGUGAAAACUCUUUUAAGUCUUAAAGAGGAAUACAAGCGUGUGGCAGGUUUGGAUUGGAAGCCAAAGUCUAGUAGUCCUGCGGCAGCAGGUUCAUCAAUGAAGGACGACGACAUUGCUUUAGCGCACGAAAUAAAAGAGCAGAGCGAUGUAGUGGGAAAUUUGAAGGCGAGCAAACCCGAUUCAAUCACUAUAACCAAGGAGGUUGCAAAACUCGUUGAAUUGAAAUUGAAAUUUAAAGCUCAAACGGGAAAAGAUUGGACACCCUCGGUACUUCUUAAUGCAAAACCUAAGCAAUCGAAAUGCGAAAAUAGUUCCAGGAUUGCCGAACAAGGUAAUAAAGUUAGGGAUUUGAAGGCGGCCAGAGCUGGGAAGGAAACGAUUCAGCAAGAAGUUCAAAAACUUUUAUCGUUGAAAGCCGAGUAUAAGGAAAUUUUUGGAAAGGACUAUGUCCCUACGGGAAUUAACGAUUCUGCUGCGCGCGAGCCUAAAGCCAAAGCCAACAAAUCAGAAGACACUAAGGCAAAAGGCCAAGUUAAGAGGGUCGAUGGUAAGAAUGAAGUGUCAUUGUCGAGUAAAGAGAGCGAGAGUGGCAAAACGGGAACGAGACUGGGCCUUGAAGCAAAAAAAGCCGAUAAUUUAUCAGACUGGUAUUCGCAGGUAAUAACUAAAGGAGAAAUGAUCGAGUAUUACGAUGUCUCGGGUUGUUACAUCCUUCGCCCUUGGAGUUUCGCUAUUUGGGAUAUUAUUAAAGACUUUCUGGAUAAAGAAAUUAAAAAAUUAGGCGUGCAAAACUGCUACUUUCCCAUGUUUGUUAGUAAAGCGGCGCUUGAGAAGGAAAAGGCGCAUAUAGCCGAUUUUGCACCGGAAGUUGCUUGGGUAACCAAGAGUGGUAAUUCAGAUUUAGCGGAGCAUAUAGCCAUUCGGCCGACAUCGGAAACCGUCAUGUACCCAGCAUACGCCAAGUGGUUGAAAUCUCAUCGCGAUCUUCCAUUAAAACUUAAUCAAUGGAACAAUGUUGUGAGGUGGGAAUUCAAGCAUCCUCAGCCGUUCUUGCGCACCAGAGAAUUUCUUUGGCAAGAAGGUCACACGGCAUUCGCUAAUAAAGCCGAAGCCGACGAAGAAGUGCUAAAAAUUUUGGAUCUAUACGCACAAAUAUAUGAAUAUUAUCUGGCCGUGCCGGUUGUCAAAGGACGUAAGACGGAGAAGGAAAAGUUUGCAGGUGGAGAUUACACGACGACGGUUGAAGCUUUCAUUUCGUCAAGCGGUCGUGCCAUCCAAGGAGCUACCAGUCAUUACUUGGGUCAAAAUUUCUCCAAAAUGUUUGAUAUUCAAGUGGAGGGCACAGCCGAAGGUGGCGAAAAGACCUUCAUUUAUCAAAACUCGUGGGGUAUUACAACGCGCACCAUUGGAGUUAUGAUAAUGGUUCACGGUGACGACAAAGGUCUCGUUCUACCUCCACGUGUAGCUUCCAUUCAAGCUGUGAUCGUUCCCUGCGGCAUUACAGCAUCCACCACUCAAGAGCAAAAGGAACGACUUUUACGCGAGUGCGAUAAAUUAGAGGAGGAAUUGAAGAGAAGUGGAAAACUUAGAGUCAAAGGCGAUUAUAGGGAUAAUUAUAGUCCUGGAUGGAAAUUCAAUCAUUGGGAAUUAAAAGGAGUACCGGUGAGAGUGGAAUUGGGACCGAAGGAUUUGGAGAAAGGUCAAGUUACGUUCGUGAGAAGGGAUAGUUCGAAUAGGAUAGUCGCCAGCAGGAGCAAUGCUUACGAUUUCCUUUUGGAUUUAUUGGAUGAAAUUCAGUCCAACUUGUUUGUAAAAGCGAAGGCGGAUUUAACGGAACAUAUUAAGCGAACGAACGAGUGGAAGGAAUUUUGCAGCCAUUUGGAUGGGAAAAAUCUAAUCCUUGCCCCUUUCUGUGGAAGAAUCGAAUGCGAGGAUAAAAUUAAAGCGGAUAGCGUCAGAGAGGAUACUAACGACGAUGCGGGUGCACCAUCAAUGGGAGCUAAAGGCUUGUGCAUACCGUUUGAUCAGCCCGAAGGAAGCGUCGAGCAAUUAAAAGGACUGAAAUGUAUUCAUAAUAGUUGCCAAGAAAAGCCCAAAUUUUAUACUCUCUUUGGCCGUAGUUACUAGGAUAUUUUCAUAACAAAUUGUAUUG